AACGUCAAAUUAAUUUAGAACACUCCACUAAGCGACACGGUCGAUGAAAUCUUCUAUGUAGGAAACCAAGAAGAGAAUAGUUUUUAAUUUUCGUAUAGUUUUUUUUCUGAAAACAGAGAGGUUCGAGUAGUUGUGAAGGAGAGGAGAUCAGCAAUGGCGGCCAAGGGAUCUGGCAAGGAUAAACCCGCUGCUUCUGCCGCUCCGAAGAAGGCAAAUCUUUUAGACCCGCAUGCCAUCAAGCACCUCCUUGACGAAACAGCCUCUGAGGUGGUAUUUAGCCGAGGUUAUGCGGAGAAUGUGACUCUGAGUAAUGUGAAAAUGGUGAUCGGUAUCAUCAUAAUCAGCAUUGCCUUGGCGGCCCAGUUUUAUCCCAAGAAAUUCCCUGAGAAUAGGAAUUUUCUCAUUAUCUGCAUUGUGUUGUAUGUCAUCUUCAAUGGCUUGUUGCAGUUCAUCGUAUAUACAAAGGAGAAGAAUACUAUUCUGUCAACAAAUCCUCUUCCUGGAUCAUUUACCAGCACAGGUUUGGCAAUUUCUUCAAAGCUUCCUCGAUGUUCUGACAUGUACACAAUAUGCAUAUCUAGCUCCGAUCCUGAGUCUAUUUCUGCAAAUCCACCCGUGGAGCUUACUAAAAGUGUUACAAAAUGGUUUACUAAAGAUGGUAUUUUGGUUGAGGGUCUUUUCUGGAAAGAUGUAGAGAAGCUAAUAGAUGAUUACUCAAACGAGUCUCGAAAGGCCAAGUAAUUUAAAUGGAAAAAUUUGAGAGUGAAGGAACUUCCCAACUGCAUAUGGAGGCUUCUUUGGUAACUUCUAUUAUGGAAGCUCUGGCUCGGAUGGUGAGGUUGUCCAUUAGGGAAGAGAAUCUCUUCGACUGAAGAUGACUUAGAUGGUAAAGUUUGUUCUGUUGGAAAAUCUUGAGAGAAAAAGGAAGCCUCUUUUAAAGUGAUUCAUGAGAAAUCUAGAUAAAUUAUUAAAGUUGAAUGCUAGUUAGAUAUUCGAUGGCUUAAAUGCCUGCUUGCAACAUCUUUUUAUCUUUGGUCAUUGGUCCCUAUUAAGCCCAUUAAUAAUUGAUUUAGGAAAAGCAACAUGGAUAAUAUGAACUGAAACAGAGGAAAGCUAUAAUGCAGUUAAAAUAUCUCUAUUUUUAAAUGAAA